AUGGGUUCUCUUUCUUUCCCUUCCCCAUCUCGAGCAGCACCACAAUCGCCAGAAAAUUCCACAUCAAGGUACUCUAUUUUUGCCUCAUUUUCUUCAACUAUCGUAACAAAUGAUGUCACUGUUACAAACUGGAUAGCAUGUUAUGAUCCUUCUAACAACACUUGGAGUUAUGUUACUUCGAUUCCCGAUUUUCCCGAAAACCAUGUGCUCAAGGACUUCGCCAUGGUUUCAAUUUCAAACUCAAUUUACAUUAUAGGUGGUCGACUAUGUCGAAAAGAAAAAACUCAAAAUGCUCAAUAUGAAAACGAUGAGUUUUUUGAUAGUGAUAUUAACGUACUAUCAUCAGUGUUACGUUAUGACAUUACUUUUAAUCAAUGGUCAAAAUGUGCACAACUCAAUGUACCACGUUACAAUUUUGCAUAUGUUGUUAAAGACAAUAAGAUUUAUGUAGCUGGAGGACAAUCAACAUUAGGUAGUGCUAGGGGUACUUCAUUAUCUGAAGUUUAUCAUCCCUUAGUUGAUGAAUGGACUCAAUUGCCAAAUAUGAAUAGAUCAAGAUGCAAAUGUGUAGGUGUGACGUGGCAAGGGAAAAUCCACGUGGUUGGUGGAUUUGUCCAAGGUGGAGGUUUUUCGCAAUACGUGGAUCGUUGUUCGGCUGAGCUGUAUGACACGUCAAGGGGACAGUGGGACCUUGUGGCAGGGAUGUGGCAAUUGGAUGUGCCAGCUAAUCAAAUAGUUGAGGUAAAUGGUAGGUUAUUUAGCUCUGGGGAUUGCCUUAAUGCAUGGAAAGGUCAUAUUGAGGUUUAUGAUGGGAAACUUAAUAUAUGGUAUAUGGUUGAAGGUUCACAAAAGAAUAUUUUUCCCUUUGAAGAAAAUGGACAACCAAUUCAUCGACUAUACUUAACAAUGGUCCCACUUGGGACACGUUUGUAUUUCUUCGCUGGUUAUCGGACGGUCGAUAAUCCAUCAAUGACUACAUCAGUGGUUUAUGCAUUUGACACGUCAGCAACAGGAGGUGAAUGGAAGAGCUUUGAGCCAAUACAAGAGGAAGGAGAAAGAGAGCUAUGUAGUCAUUGUUGUAAAUAUAAGCUUGUCUGCAAUCAAUUCACUAGUCUUCCAAGAACCAAUGAUGUCCCAAUUGCCUAUUUUCAUGGAUCUUGCCUAAAGAAGAGGUUUUGGUACUGGAUCGUGUUGACCCGAGUUGAGCUGCUGACUUCAAUCCCACAGGAGACCCAAGCUGAGCAGCAGCCAGAGCCCUUAGUGACAGCUCCAAGGAGGGGCAGAGGUCCAGGCCGAGGCAGGGCUAGAGGACGAGGCAGGACUCAGCCCAGAGCUCGAGCAACAACACCAGUAGCGGAGCGUCAGGUGGAGUUUGAUGAUGAGACCGGCACAUUUCCUGUAGCACCAGCUGUCUCUCGGGCUGGGGGAGGAGUCCAGACUCUCGCUACUCAUACUCUGGAGCAUAUAGCUCCCCAGUUUCAGACUCCAGUAGCUCAGCCAGUUGGGGCAGUUCUACCAGGUGUUGUAGCAUAG